AAUAUUAUAGGAAACAAUAAACGUAAAAAUGUAGAUAAUAAAAAACGUUUACGCUCAAGAACUAGAAUUAAUAAAACUAAAGAUGAACUAAAAAUUCAAAAUAGCUAUAAUAAAUUCUACAAAAGUUUAAUAAAAUAACACUGAGGCAAAAAAUCAGGGUCAGCGCCAAUCCUGUUUUUAUAGGAAGACAUGUGUCGCCAUCUAACGGUGUGAUGCUCUAACAGCAGCGGGGAAGUGGGUUAAACUGCACUGACGUCAGACGCAAAAGAGCGUCGCUGUUUUUCCCUCAUCGAUCGCAGGUGUCUCUACCGGUCAUCUGCAAGGAGUUACAGUACGUACUUAGAAUGACAUUGGGAGCAGUUGCCUCUGUGAUCCUCGCCAUAGGAGGAGCCGCAGUGUUUUCUGCUCUUCAUAAGAUUGAAGAAGGACAUGUGGGUGUUUACUACAGAGGUGGAGCUCUGCUGACCACCACCAGUGGCCCUGGCUUUCAUCUGAUGCUGCCGUUCAUUACUACAUUCAAGUCCGUACAGACAACACUACAAACAGAUGAAGUAAAGAAUGUUCCAUGCGGCACAAGUGGAGGUGUAAUGAUCUACUUUGAUUGCAUUGAGGUGGUAAACUAUCUUGUUCCCUCAGCAGUUUAUGGCAUUGUGAGAAACUUCACUGCCGAUUACGACAAAGCUCUGAUUUUCAACAAGGUACACCAUGAGCUGAAUCAGUUCUGUAGUGUGCACACACUUCAGGAGGUCUACAUAGGUCUAUUCGAUCAAAUAGACGAGAAUCUUAAGCUCACGCUGCAGCAGGAUCUAACCAGCAUGGCUCCCGGACUCAUCAUUCAGGUCUUUCUCUCUUUUAGGGAGAGUGAGAGAACGAAGUUACUGAUUGCAGCUCAGACUCAGAAGGUUGUAGAGAAGGAGGCAGAGACCGAGAGGAAAAAGGCUGUCAUCGAGGCAGAGAAGGUGGCUCAGGUGGCUGAAAUAAAAUUUGGACAGAAAGUUAUGGAAAAAGAAACAGAGAAAAAGAUCUCAGAAAUUGAAGACAGCGCUUUCCUUGCUAGGCAGAAAGCAAAAGCAGAUGCAGAGUUUUACACCGCACAGAGAGCAGCAGAGGCCAAUAAGCUGAAGCUGACCCCUGAAUAUCUCCAGCUGAUGAAAUUUAAAGCAAUAGCAGCUAAUAGUAAGAUUUACUUUGGAAGUGAGAUCCCUCACAUGUUCAUGGACUCGGGACCAGUAAGCUCCUCCUCAGCUGCCUCUAAAGCCAUAGACGCCCUCUCAGAGGGCAUACUGGAUUUGAAAUGACGAGAGAAGUUGUGUUGUAGCACUGAGGAUCAAUUACAGUUUUUCUCAAUUUGCUAAAAGACUAAAGCCCAAUCUCUGAACCAAAU